UAGGUAGUAUGUGGGCAUACUAGGUACAUACUAGGUAUUCUGUCUUCCUCCGGGGCAGCAGGGCUAACCUACAUGUAGAUUUUAUAUCUGAGUGUUCAAGUCGAUGCCUGUCGAGGGUUAAGCUGUCGCUGCUUCCUUGCUUAUCAAGAUUCAUCGUUCAAGUGUUAAGGGUACCUAGGUAGGUUAGAUGAUUUGCCCCAAAGUGGAAAGCCUACCCAAGCAGCUAUCAACCUACGUAUAAGAAUAUACGAAGCUAUAACGCCGGCAUUUUCGUCAUCUUCAGUCCAAAUCCAUUACUUUCGCUAUUCCGAGCCCAUCUUUGCAUCCAUACUCAAAGGCCUAUUUCCUCCAGUGCCCGCCUGCUUCCUCGUUCUCACGGCCUGUGCCUCCGAGUUUCGUAGCCUUCCUUAAAGGUCUUGUUCCAUCUCAGACAUCUCAGACAAGACUUUUUGUAAUGUUCUCACUAUGUCUACCAAGUCCAAGAAGCCGGGGCGGCCAGACACCUCUGAAAGCUCCACACCAGUAUCCCAGGCGAAGCAGCUAGGCGCUCCUAAUUCCAAGGCCAGGCUUGCUGUGAAAGAUAUGAAGUCUCGACCCAGGCGUGACAUGUCGCACGCGCCAGCUAACAUAGAGGCGGCAAGAACAGCCGCGGUUAAAUCGCCUCGAGGCUCAGCCAGAAUGAUGAAACGCGAUUCAGCCCAGCCUACCCGUCAUCUUCAGGCUUUCCAAGCCUCCACCAAGAUGCCCACAAGCAAGGCAACGAUUACGAAGACUGUGCAAGUAAGCCAAGCCUGCGCAUCCAACAAGGGCCCCCGAGACCCGUAUGAAAUUCCAUCUGAUGAUGAGGCCGACAAUACAUUGUCUACGCUGGUCCAUACUAGACGGAACAAGUUGAUGUCUCAGAUUCAGGUAGCCCGAUCGAAAACUCAUAAUACUACGAUCCCAUCAACACCGCCAUAUCCAUCUGCCAAGGCUAUCGGGAAGCGCUCCAGUCAUUCGAUUAAUGGACAUCUCAAUAUCGUAGAUAUUAAGACUCGUGAUGGAACACAAGUGUUAUCUAACAUACCCUCCACUGAUGAAAAGUCGAAAGGACGCGUCUACGAACAACUGAGGGAGAAGCCUCACAAAGAUGGAGACGGGCAACUAUCACCUACUCCAAGCAAGGAGAUAAAUAAAAGCAAUAUCAUUUCGAUUGCUAGUGGUAACCCACAGGUUCGACUAGAUGACUAUGCUUAUUCUCGAAGGCGUAGUGACGUCGGGAAGUUGAUGAGGCAUGGUCAGCCUAACCUGUCUUCCCCAGGACUCCGAAGUUCUAGUAGCAGCUCCGAUAGGAUAUCAGGGACAGAUAAAACCUGUGAUGUUGUUGCCCAGAGGGGGAUUACUGAGUCAGUCCGUGGCAUAUCCUCCCAGAAUCCAUUCCAUCUUGAUGGGAGGCCUGGGGAUAUAAGUCUUCCUCGCUCGCAAAAUUCAAAGGCCAUAGAUAGACAGAAUUCCAUCACACCAAAGGCCGCUAUAGAGGAUGUGAAGAAGACUACAAAGAUCAAGUUUGCAAAGAAAAGGAGAGAAAGGGAUAUUCCAGAUGCAUUCUUUAAAGAACCGCAAUACUCUGAUGACGAAUAUCGACCACUUUCUAGUAAUGGGGAGACAUCAAAUAGUGAUUCGGGUGAGGAUAGUUCCCUAUCACGACGGUCAUUGCUCGCUGCGUCGUCUCGUGGUGUAAUGCAUGCGCAGCCAGCACAGGCCGGCCCCAACCCAAGGCCCCGCAACGGACUCAGGCCGAAACCUACGAAUCCGUUCACCCCUAUAAACAAGUCUGAUCCUAAGGCCAAGGAGCCUGAAUCAGCCUCCAAACUGUCUAUGAAGCUCGGCCGAGCAUACCCAAAGCAUGUACGCGACAUAUUUUCCGAUGGCUACAGUUCCGCCGAAUGCGACGACGACGACGACGACACAAAGAAACAGAAACAGAGGGCACGAAAUAUAGAUUUGGAUAACCAACAAGAUUCCGCAGGAAUCGUGGCAGAACAACCUGUGGCUGGAUUCGAAAGGAAGCCCUGGUGGGAGCCAUUGAAGUGGAUCAAAAGAUAUGAGACCGAUUUCGUAAGCGACUCAACUGGUAGACUCUGGCUCGCUGAUGGUCCGUAUAAAGGUUGGAUCUGGGCUGGACCGGGGGCAGGAUGUUAUAUUCCCAACUGUCAUGCUCCAGAUGACGCGAUGCUGGCCAAGGCAGAGGAAACGGCUAUACGCAAUCCCACAUAUGCAUCGAGUUACUUCGAGUCCGAGUCUGAGGAGCACUCAAGCUCCGAGUUGGAGGACUCAGAAGGUCAUGAUACAGUCAAAGGGGCUGGGAGUGACAAGCUGGCUAUAGAACGGCCUAUUUCCAGCACGCACCAAAACAGAGUUGUUAUGGAAAAGGAAGCACGUAUGAGAAGAACCGAGCAGUAUGUGCUUAACAGCAGCAGCUCUGUCAGGGAGGAGGAGCUAAAUGCAACUCAGGAUCUUGAUUCAACUUGUUCAACAACCAGAGACAAGCUUCCAUCGACCUUUGCACCAACUACUCCUCUUAAGCGUACUCCAUCUCCGCCGUCUGCGGUUUCUGAAACUACCUCUAUCUUAAUUACGAGGCAACUAAUGAACGAUUGUGCGCCACCGUCUAAUCAAGAGUUAGCAGAGCUAAUGAGCUCAAGUCCUAUGAAGCACUUUGCGAAAGAUUCUUCGCCAAUACGAAAGUGUUCUAAAAAGGCUGCAGGAAAUAGCCAUAUGAGCAGCAACAGCAGCAGCAGUGAAUCGAGCUCUGGCAUUCCUGCUUGGGUUGGCCCCAAGAGAUCGCCCCAGCCUGUUGUAACAUCGCGCAAGCAAGAUACACCAUCUCUCAGAUCGGAGUCCAGCGCGAUGUACAUUAUGAAUGGAAUUGCGGAAAGGCGAACGACUAGGCGGUUACAAGCUUAUCAAUCUCCAGUUGUGGAGUCGAGCCAAAGUUCCCAGAUCGCCAGUCAAGAAUUGCCUACCUCGCUGGAAGAUAGCCAGAUAAAAACAGCUAAGAGAAAGCUCAAAGAGCCCAAAGGGCGAAGAGCAAAUAGAGUGGAACCAAGCUGGAAGGAUAACGGGGUUACUGCAACCAUGCCGACGCAUGUAGAAGUCAUGUUGCCGCGCAUGGCUACAGAAGAGCGAGCGGAGUACGCCGCGAUCUCUCCCGUAGAGGAAGACGACAAAUUCUCGACGCCUUCCCCGAAAAGCUUCAAGGAGAUUAACAAGAGCACUUCACGAGAUGGCGUACAGUUUAGUGACUCUGAUAUAGAAGAACUGAACUAUGUGUUGCGUCAAUCGCCUCGAUGGCUGAAAACCACCACAAACGUUGAUGAAACUACGGAGAAGGGAACAAACAUGCUCAAGUCACCAUUCGCGCCACUAGCCAAAUCAUCAUUGAAGCAUAGGUCCUUGGCACAUAUAUCGGGGUCCAUCGCCUCACCUCGUACUGGGAAGACUUCCAGCACACCCGACCCGAAUUCGCUAAAGAUGUCGUCCACAUCUAUUCCUGGUUGUGGCUGUAUUGUUCAGGAGGAGCAGAAAUGUGUCAUGAACGAGAAGCCACAACAGCGGGAUUCCCCAUCUACAACUAGACCGACAACCACCAUAAAUAAAACCGGUGAACGUCAUGGCAAAGAUGACAAAGAUAAGAGAGGAAAUAAGCGCAAGACCUCGUCCGCGGAUGCUUCCGUGCUAGUAGACGAACCCGUGGCCCCUAAGAGGCAAAAGAUGGAGGAGCCUCGCAAGCGCCGCCCAAGAAAGAAGAAGAGGAGACCUAACAAGAAAGCGAGACGACGACUACAACGCGCAGCAGCAGCAGCACAACAGCAGUAAGGCCCGAACGAACACCCACCGUAGGCCGUCGCUAGUAACUAAUGCCAAACGCUUUUACCCAGACAUACAAUGAUGAGUCCCCCGCUUACCUCGAGGCCCACAAGCGCCGAGGUCUGAGGUCUGAGAUCUGAGAUCUGAAAUACAAAUUUGAGUAAAGACGUGUUGGAUCGGUACAACCAAUGCGCCACAUGACUGACGAGGCUUAGUAAAGAUUAUCCCAGGUAGAAACAAUUGGGUUCGCAACUUGAAUACCUAUUUGGAUUCCCCUCGUGGCGACAUGGCGAGCAAAGGGGGGUAUGUAGGUUGCCUGCCGAUAGAAUACCAGUCAUUAUACCCGACACUUCCUUAUGUUAAUGUGAAGUCUUGUUUCUUGAUACCUAUGUACCUAUAUUCUGGCGAUGGAUAGCAGUGAUCGAUUUUGAUUUCGAUUUCAUACAGAAGCAGGACUAUGUACUUAGGUACUAUCGUUUAAUGAACUCCGAUACCAUUACAACAUUCAAGGCCA